GAGAGAAAUGAUCCCCCAUGCAUGCACACUCACAUACAGAGGAGCUUCAGAAUUCUUCGUUAAAAUAUAAUUCUCUUCACAAUCCUUCAACGUUAACAAGUAUAUAAUGGAUGUCGGAGAAUUGUUAAGUUUUAAUCCUGAUAAGCCAGACUUAAAGAGGAAAUCAGCCAAUGAUGAAGUGUAUGCAGACACAUCACAAGUAAAAAAGCGUUCAAAUGAAAUGACAAGCGGUGAACUCACUGAAGAAGAAAGAGAAAAGAUUCUGCGUAUGGUGGAACAAGAGCCAGAUGGCCCUGCAAUGGAUGAGGCAGAUCUAAGGCAACUUAUUCUGCGAUUUGAAAAGAAAGUUUAUAAAAACCAAGAAAUGAGAAUCAAGUUUCCAGACCAACCAGAAAAGUUCAUGGCAUCAGAGAUAGAUUUGAAUGAUGCGAUUCAGGAGAUGCACGUAAUUGCCACAAACCCGAACCUGUACCACUAUCUGGUGACUUUGAACGCAGCAAAAUCUCUACUUGGACUUAUUUCACAUGGCAACACAGACAUAUCCAUUGCUAUGAUCGACCUCCUGCAGGAACUUACAGACGUUGAUGCUCUGAAUGAAAGCGAAGAAGGAGCAGAGGCCCUGAUUGAUGCAUUGCUUGAAGACCAAAUAGUUGCAACAUUAGUUCAGAAUUUGGAUCGACUUGAUGACUCUGUGAAGGAGGAGUCGGAGGCAAUCCAUACAUGUAAGUGGCAAAAUAUCGCUAAACGGCUGCAGAGUGGCGACAUAAUAGACGAUGACCAGGAGGACGAGUACUAUCUACGGCGUUUAGAUGCGGGUCUUUUUACACUACAACUUAUUGAUUAUAUAAUGCUGGAAUUGUCGUGUUCGUCCGGUGUGUCGACCAUUAAGCAGCGGAUUCUACAGCUACUCAACAUGCACCGAGGUUCAAUCACCGCGGUUAGGAAUGUCGUUAGAGAGUAUGCUGGUAAUAUUGGUGAUGCUAAAAGCAAAGAACAUGGAGAUGCUGAAAGACAGAGGCUAUUGGAACUUGUGAACAGGUUCUAAGGUGACUUUUCUGUGUAGUUGUCCAGUACCACAUACUUGUGAAAACCAGCAGAAGAAACUGUAUUACAAAAGUUUAUAAGGACAUCAUUGAGGUGACAACUCCAUGGAUCAUGUUGUACUUAACCGCAAAACAAUGAGAAAAUCUGAUCUGCAUGUGGCUCAGUACUUCAUAGCACUGUAUCUGGAUGGAAUUCCAUGGUGAUAUACUUCAAUUUGGAGGUGUAGUUUGGAAAAUAGAAGCAGUGCCGUUCAGUCUAUUAUCACUUGAACUUAACAUGUUUUUAACUUCCUAUCUCAUUUGGGAGAGCUACCGAUUGGUAACUUUAAGUUCAAAUUUUUAAAGUGACAAAAAACAAUGUGUCUUUACUUUUAUUUAAUUUUGAUAAAGAUAACUUAUUCAAGUGUUUUUUUUUUUCUGAAUGUAGAAAUGAAAUUAGUAUGGAAAUGGACCUUUCUGCUAAGCCACGCCCCUUGGAUAUUGUUGCUAAGGGCCCACAAGAGAGUUAGCGCAGUUGUACGUAAACAUGUGGGACAAUUUCAUUUUUUUUUCAUUUCUUUAGGCACGAGCGCCAAGGAUAUGCCAAUAAGUGAACUUAAUCAUUGUCCUACGUGGCAUAUCCAUUUAACAAUAGGACACUUAAUGGACCUGUACACCGGGGUGACCCCCUACUCUUCUUGAAGGAUGUGCUGGUUCUUUAAAGUGAACACGAGCCAAGGGCGUACACUGGGCCUACGGUUUAAAGUCCUUAUCUGAGAAGACUUGUUCCACUACCGGAACCAUUGGCGAGUGAGCCGUUCAAACCAGCCCCGAUAUUAGAGCUGAAAGUUACGGUGCCCCUGACUUAAAUUGAAUUAAACAUUUUGUGGAUGUUGUAAAAAGUAGUUUUCUACUCAAAUAAUAUUUAAAUAAUAUCAGUGACUUUGAGAAUAAAUUGUUUACCAUAAUUAGUUCAAGAUUUAUUAAAACAAAAUACAAAGUCAAAAAA